ACAGCGGAUCUAUACGCUCCGCAAACGCACCAACAGUGUGCAACGUGUUCUCUCUCUCUCGCGGUCUCUCUCCCCACCCUCAAAAGUUGGGUUGAAGAUGCUCAGCGCCAACAUAAGCACACCGUAGGCAGCUACAUGUUAGAUGCAUGGUGAGCAAGAGCAAGAGAGGGAGGCAGGAAGAGAGAGUGAGAGAGAGAACAGGCGAUCCCGCAGGACGAUCGGCGAGCGCGGGUGCUAGCGCGCGCGAACCAGUGGUUCCUAUAAAAGCCUGCAACCGGUACGGUACCACCGACCAGAGCCGUGUCUAUGCUCCGCGUGAUUAGGCAUAGAAAAAGAGAGAGAGAGUGAGAUACAGUUCUCGGCGUAUCCAAGACUACACACCGCGUGUCUGAUUACCACCGAUCAACAAUUAGUCGCAGUCUGGUUUCGUUUAAAAUCGCACAGCAGCACCAGCAGCAGUAGCAGCACCAUUGCCGCCCUAGUAACCGGCUUUCGUACCAAUCACGCACAAUCACCAACCGAUCAAAAGUGUGAUCCCAGUGCAGUGCAGCAAACGUUAGCAAGCAAGCAACGGCAACUGCAACGCAGACACAUCCCAUUGCGAAGACCACCACGAAGAGCACGUGGAAGCACCAGCGUAGCAGCAGCAGCAGCAUACCGGUGCAGCAUACCACCAUUCACAACCAUAAACGGUGCUGCGCCACGCCACGCAGGUGUGAAGGGCCCGUCGGGCUUCAGCCAGCACUAUCAGUCGGAUGAAAUUCCAAACCAUGUACCACACGCCGAGCGCACUGCUGGCACUACUGGUGUGGAUGGCCGUGGUCGGGCUGUUCACGCUGACACGCACCACUGAUGCUUCGCCCGUCCUGCUCGACAAGCUGUUUGGCUUUGCCGCGUACCAGCCCGCCUACUCCGGUGGUGGUUACGGUGGCAACCAGUACUACGGUUACUACGGUGGAGGUGGUGGUGGUGGUGGCGGUGGUGGGAGUGGACACACCGGCAGUGGGUUCGGUGGUACCCGGGCCACCAGUGCAUCAUCGCAGAAGCGGCAGGCGAAGGGGCGCGACUAUAAGGACAUCUGCCGGGUAGUGAAUCCGGCUCCGUACGCCAUGCCUGGCCGGGCACCGUAUCCGGCGGCCCCCUUUUGUCCGUACUGAGUACAGUACCCGCCGCAGCGUUAGUGUUAGCAAAAAUCGUCUUAGCCCUUAAGUGUAGCUACUACAGUAGAAGCGUGAAGCGUAGAGUACGAAUUGAUGAUGAAGCGACGAAGGUUAUCAGUAACAGCAGCAGCUGCAGCAAGUUGUGGCAGUGGUGUUUAGCGUUGGCAGCUAGGAUUGCCCAACCCGUUGAACCUUGGGAGCCGUGUUAAUGAGUGUAGCAGUAUUAACGCGAGCAAUAAAGAAGGCAGCCGUCGGCUGGUCGUUGAUUAGAUCUGAGAAGUUCGGAAACGCCAUUUGCAAAGAAAUAAUAAUAAAAAAAAAUACCA